UAUUUUUUUAUAAAAAUUUAAAAAAUAAGAAAAAUAAUUUUGUUGGGUUAUUUUUUUAUCUUAUUUUAUCAUAAUCGAAAAAUUGAAAUAGCAUUCACUCAAAGUUUUUUUAAAAAAAUAUAGGAAUUCUCAAGCAUUAACUAAUUAAUAUAUGACCAUUAAUUUUUAAGCAAUAUCAAUACCAUUGAUCUAAAUAUCACAAUUUUUUACUACAAUGUUUAAUUAAUGAAUCAAGUUAAUUUGUUUAAUUUAUCAAAAUUUAUCCUAAAAGUGGUUAUUGAAGUUUGCUACUUUUCAUAAAACAUGACAGGUGAUUUAGAUAAGAAGGGUAUCGAUGAAAAUGAAAUUACAUGGUUAUACAAUGAUUUAUAUCCUGAAAGAAGAGGAUUAUCUCCUAAAAGAAAUUGGCUGCGAAUGCUUUUUGGACUUGAAGGUAAAGAAGAACUUGAUAAAAUAAAAUGCGAACGUAAUGUGUAUUGGUGCUUGAGAAACAGCCCAUUAGUAAAACUACUUCUAUCAGCCUUGAAUGCUUCUGGCUGUGAAUUCGAUUUCCGAAGACAUAUAUCAUGCGAAAUAUGUGAUGCUAAAGUUAGUGGAGGAUAUGAUCAAGAGUUGAACCAGGUUAUUGUAUGUCAAAAUAUUGCUCGUCGUAAAAGUUAUGUACAGGCAGCAUUAACACAUGAAAUGAUACAUAUGUUUGAUUACUGCCGAAAUGAAUUUAAUUUUCGAAAUAUCCGUCAUUUAGCUUGUUCCGAAAUUCGAGCAGCAAAUUUAGCUCAUUGCAGUUUUUUUAGUGCUUUAAGAUUUGGAACUGCAUCGCUGACACGUUUCAAGGCAACGCAUCAGAACUGCGUAAAGGCCAAAGCAUUAACAUCUAUACUUGCUGUAAAAGAAAUUUCAGAAAAUCAAGCGCUAGCGGCUAUUGACGAAGUAUUUCCAAAGUGUUAUGCCGACUUAGAACCCAUUGGUAGACGGUGUCGUAGAAAUUCUAAUAAUAUGGAAAUGGCAUUGUUAGAAGCACCCUUGUAUGGAUACGAUUAUUAUAUAUAGAUAUAAAUUUUUGUAGUUAAUUACCUUACAAUUUGAAAAUUUAAUGAAAAUCUAUGAUGAAUACAACGUUCAUGUAUAUUGAGUUUUUUUAUAUAAGAUCUUUUAUUACUUGCAAGUACAAGAAUUUAAAAUUAACAAAACUAUAUUGUAAUAACUAUACAUAUAAUGUUAUUUUUUUUCAUAGUGGAUUUUUCUGAUG